AUGCAGGGCUGGCGGAGGCAGCGAGAUUGGGUUAAUCCACUAUCGAUAGCUGAUCGUGUCAAUAGCAAAGCUCAAUACGAGCGUCGCCUCAAGCAAUGGGACUUCCGCAAGUACUUUAAAGCCGCUGAGUGGAAGGGUAUUGAUCAUCGUGUCAACAAACGGAAAAGAGAGGGCAAGGAGAGCGAGGUAUACAAAGACGGAGUACUCGUCCCAAAGGAAAAGAUUCGAAAGGAGGCGGCAAGGGCGGCCUGUACGGUCGAAGAACGAUAUGGAUCAGCACCCAGUCCGAAAACGCCGGAAGGAUUCUCAGUUUGUACGCCGCUAGCGUCUUUUACUUUCGCGCUUCGGACGGAAAACCUUCCUUGGUUCCGGUUCCAGGAUUACAUUGAUGCCCAAGUCAGCUUUCACCACACCGCGACCGUAUCGAGCCUCAUCGUGGACGAUGUCCGAUUCGGUCUGCCCUCUAGCACCGGACGACGGGCACUGGAUGAACCGCAUCCCCUCGAUAGCUCAUUCCCAAUCGACAUUUCGAGGAGUGGAGCUCCGUUUCUGCUGAGCUUAAUCAAAUCGGCUUCCGAAAGCGCCAUACAGGGCGUUGAGAACAUCAUUGGAAGCUUUCGCUCCCGGAUUCAGAAUGUUACCCUGGAAAGAUAUAAUGGAGAGCAUCUAUCCAUCAUCAAGAAGAUGUCUGGAUGUUCGCACGACGAGAUGUUGCUGCAGUUCCUCAAGUACCUCGUCUACUUAUCAUCAAACAACCAGCUUGAACAGGACGACCGCAUGAAAACCAUUCAGUGGAUCGACCAAAACGACGGGCAUGCGGUGCUUGAGGCUCUUCUAUCUACCAAGCUGCCAACCGUUGAGGCGUUUGCAGAAGACCUCUUCAGGAGUGCAAUACACGCGGGAGACGUACGCAUCGCACAGAUAUUGCUCCGUGCUGGCGUGAGCCCUAGUUUACCGAUGAACAGCAUUCCAGACCUCCCCCUUAUGGUUGCUGUUAAAGCAGGCAACGCCCGACUCGCUUGGGCACUACUCCACGCUGGCGCAGACGCUGGCGCAUAUGAAGAUAUACCUCCGGCUCGAAGCAGUCGAACAACUAUUCUGCAAGCAGCUACAGAGAGCGGAAAUGCCGAGCUGGUCAAGAUGUUGAUCAACGCAGGUGCAGACGUCAACGCUCCACCAGCUGCUUAUUCUGGACGAACUGCACUGCAAACAGCAUCAACGAAAAAUGCUGAGCUGGUUGAAAUGCUGCUCCUCGCUGGCGCAGACGUAAAUGCCUCUCCAUCCGAGCAACAUGGAUUGACCGCGUUACAAGCAGCAACAACACAGCGUAAUAACAUCGACAUUGUCCAAAUGCUACUUGACGCCGGUGCGGAUAUCAAUGCUCCGCCAGCUGACUAUCGCGGUAGAACCGCCUUACAAGCAGCUUCUCAUGUAGGGGACAUUGAACUAGUCCAAAUGCUUCUCAGCGCUGGCGCAGACGUAAACGCAACCCCAGCUAAAGUGUAUGGGGUAACAGCCUUGCAAGCAGCAGCGAAGCAGCCUGGUCAUAUCAACGUGGUUCGGCUGCUGCUUGAGGUUGGCGCAAGCAUUAAUGCCCCCUCAACUUUCGGGCUUGGAACUGCACUGCAAGAGGCAUCACAAACGGGAAGCGCCGAACUCAUCCAGAUGCUUCUUGAUGCAGGCGCAGAUGUCGAUGCUCGCUCUAAUCCACAAGAGCACACUGCACUGCAAAUUGCAUGUAGGAGAGGCAGUACUGAAGUCGUUUCGAUGCUGCUCGACGCCGGUGCAGACGUGAAUGCUCUGCCAGCCCUGGUUUAUUCCUCGGAACCCUGGAGCGGGCCAACUGCAUUGCAAGCAGCAUGCUUGGAGGGGGGGGUUAACCUCGUGCAGAUGCUGCUCAACGCUGGCGCCGAGGUCAACGCUCCUGCUUCUCACCAGGAUGAAACUGCACUACAAGCAGUAUGUGGAAGGGGUGAUAUCGAGCUUGUUCGGAUACUUGUUGAUGCUGGCGCUAAUGUCAACGCUCCUGCUUCUCGUUAUGGGCGAACCGCACUACAAGCAGCAUGUGAACAGGGCAACACCAAGCUUGUCCGGAUACUUAUCAAGGCUGGCGCCAAGGUCAACGCUCCUGCUUCCCGUUACGGGAAAACUGCACUCCAAGCAGCGAUGGCCGGAGAUUGCAGAAUCGAACUCAUUCAGCUGCUGCUUAUUGCUGGCGCAGACGUCAACGCUCCUGCUUCUAAGUAUGGGCAAGAUGCGCUGCGUGGAGCGAUAUUCGACGAGUAUUCUGGAUGUGUAAGCGACAUCGAGGUUGUUAGAAUACUGCUCAGUGCUGGGGCGAAUGUUAACCCUCCCUGUUCUUCUAGAGGCGGGUCAACCGUGUUAGAACUAGCAGCAUUAGUAGAGGAUGUCGAGCUCGUUCGACUGCUCCUUGACGCCGGCGCAGAGGUCAAUUCUCCUGUCACUUGUCGUGAUAGAACCGCACUGCAGAGAGCGAUAAAGUGGGCGGACGGGGACUUCGAGUUCGUCCAAUUGUUUCUGGAUGCUGGAGCACAGAUCAAUGCACCUGCUGCUAAACGAAGCGGCAGGACUGCGCUACAAGAGGCAGUAGAGCAAAACUGGAUCGAGCUCAUUCAGGUUCUACUCGAUCGCGAUGCAGAUGUUAACGCGCUACCAGCUCGUUCUCGAGGUGUAACUGCCCUCCAAAUAGCUGCGGCUAGAGGCUAUAUGAAGAUCGCUCACUUUCUCCUCAAUGCUGGUGCCGACGUCAAUGCUGCACCGGCAAGAUACCACGGAAGGACAGCCCUUCAAGCAGCAGCGGAACAUGGACGCAUGGAUAUGGUUCAGCUGUUGAUCAAUGCUGGAGCAAUCACGGACAGCUCAGACCGUAGCCAGUACGCAAAGGCAAAAUACUUGGCGAGGAGACGUGGGCACAUUGCUCUAGCCAAACUACUCCAAACUCAAUGCGAUCAACUCCAUAUGACAGAAGAAGGCGAACGGGAUGGGUUUCACGAGUUUGACCAAGGAUCUGAAGCCAGCUCUCGAAGCGCUGGAUCAGAAAGAGAUUGGGAAAGCUAUGCAGACAGCGAUACACACAGCGAUGCAGACAGCGAUGCAGACAGCGAUGCCGGCGACGAUGCGGGAAGUAAUCGAGAGAUCGAUGUAGAAAGGGAUUUCCCACCGCCCUCAGCGGGACACUUGUUGUGGGAACCAGAAGGUUGGUUUCCGCCAGUGACGGGUUGUGAAGUAUUUGAUCCUUGGCUUAUCUAG